CAAUUAUCUACGUAUUUAUAUACUCGCCUAUCUCCAUCGGCUACAGAUAUUGGAAUCUGCUUUGUGUACUGUUAUUUAUAAAGUGUGCGCUGCUGGUGUGCCGAUGUUGCUCCGGGUUUCCAAUAACAAGCUCAAGUUUAUAUUAUUUUCGCAUUGCUUUUGACAUUGAAAAAAUAUGCACGCUUGAAGUUCAAAGUUUUGAAGUCCAAGUAAGGUGACUUCAUGGCGAAUAAUCGUGAAUGCAAUUGAAUGAGUGACAGAAAGGAAAUAAAAUCAAACUAAAGUGUAUUCGUACUGUUUGGAUAAUGCAUUAAUUAUAAUAAUUAUAGCGUACAUCAAUCGUAAUCUAAGGUGAAAUAAUUGUAGAAACGAGGCACACAAAACAAUUUGCGGAAUUGCCACUGUAGGCCGUAUAGUAGGUGCACUUACAGCCAUUAGCCAUGCCUGGAACGGCAAUCCAGAUUAUAAACACAUCGGAGGAGCACACUUUUGUGCUCAACGAAGAUGCAUUGAGUGAAGUGUUAAUGCGCGACGAGGUGAAAGAUCGCUUCGUAUGCGUCGUAUCGGUGGCUGGGGCGUUUCGCAAAGGCAAAAGUUUUUUGCUUGACUUUUUCCUGCGCUACCUAUACUCCAAGUAUGUGCGCCAUGAUGUGGUAACCGAUUGGAUUGGUGAUGAGAACGAACCGCUGACCGGCUUUUCGUGGCGCGGCGGUUCUGAACGUGAUACCACUGGUAUCCUAAUGUGGUCCGAAAUAUUCCUGCACGAUUACCCGAACGGCGACAAGGUGGCCAUCAUUUUACUCGACACACAGGGUGCAUUCGACAGCCAGAGCACAGUGCGCGAUUGUGCUACCGUUUUUGCGCUCAGCACAAUGGUUUCAUCCGUGCAGAUAUACAAUUUGUCACAAAACAUACAGGAAGACGAUCUGCAGCAUUUGCAAUUGUUCACAGAAUAUGGUCGCUUAGCAUUGGCCGAUACAGGCAAGAAGCCGUUUCAACGCUUACAGUUUCUGGUGCGCGAUUGGAGUUUUCCAUACGAGGCCGAGUAUGGCGCUCUGGGUGGCGAUAAGAUACUUAAGCGCCGCCUAGAAGUGUCAGACAAACAGCACCCGGAACUGCAGUCGUUGCGACGACACAUUGCAGCCUGUUUCAUGGAAGUGGCAUGUUUCUUGAUGCCACAUCCAGGGUUAAGUGUAGCGACCAACCCUAAAUUCGACGGACGUCUCAAGGAUAUCACACCCGAGUUCAAACAGAGUCUACGCACAUUUGUACCGAUGCUGCUGUCGCCGGACAAUUUGGUAUAUAAGGAAAUCAGUGGCCAACGGGUGCGUGCACGCGACCUCAUACAGUACUUCCAGUCAUACAUGAGCAUCUACAAGGGCAAUGAGUUGCCUGAACCGAAGAGUAUGCUUGUCGCCACCGCCGAAGCUAAUCAUUUGACAGCUGUUGCAUCAGCGAAGGAGCUUUACAAUCAGCUAAUGGAGGAGGUUUGUGGCGGAACCAAACCGUACUUAAGCACGGCACAUUUAGAGGCCGAACAUUUCCGCAUCAAAGAUCAGGCUUUAUUCCAAUUCGCAUCGAAACGAAAAAUGGGCGGCGAAGAGUUCUCUGAAAAGUUCCGGCAACAACUGGAUUUGGAUCUGGAAGACUCCUACGUCACUUACAAAGCGCACAAUGAGAGCAAAAAUAUUUUCAAGGCAGCACGCACGCCGGCCGUAUAUUUUGCCUCGGCAGUUAUUUGUUACGUACUAAGCGGAAUAUUUGGCCUCGUCGGGCUCUACACAUUUGCCAACUUCUGUAAUUUAGUAAUGGGUGUUGCCCUAUUAACAUUGGCGCUGUGGGCGUAUAUUAGGUACAGCGGGGAAAUGGGUGAUUUCGGUGUAAAAUUGGAUGAGUUUGCGACGUUUAUGUGGGAAAACUUUAUGAAGCCCAUAUAUCAGGGUUGCAUGGAGAAGGGCAUACAACAUGUGGCAACGCAUGCUGCCGAAGCGGCGGUCGGUGGACGCACAGCAUCGUCGGCAAUGAAUGGCAAAGUGAAGAAGUCAUGAGAAUACGCCCAACGAUCUCUUCAGCAACAGCAACAACAGCAACA